AUGCAGAACUGCGGCUCCGUCGGGGGCGCAGGGGGGCGGAGAGCCUUCGACAGUAUCUGUCCCAAUAGGAUGCUGGAUCCGUCUAGCCGGCAGCUCAGGAAACCAGAGAAAUUGGAGAAGAAGUUCGUGCCCCCGCGGAAGCUCUUUGAGAGCAGCAGCCCCAUCUCUGUUUACACCGACCCCCCGGAGGCGGAACUGGCAGGUUUGCCAGCCCUCACUACGAUUGACUGGCAGGAUUUCGCGGAUUGCUCCUCACUCCUCCAAGAAGAGAGUUCCUCCGGCUGUGAGGCUGCGGCGUCACAGAACCACUGUCCAGAACCAGAAUUUGAUCUGCAGGAUUUCAGGGAUGCAGUGGAUAAUCUCAUAUCAGACCCAUCAUCUUUGAUGUCAUCUCCCAUGGGUCCUGAAGACUUUUCCUUUCCUUCUUGUGAUGUCUCUCCCUUCGGUUCUUGCAUUUCUCCCCAGCCGGAGCACCCUGUGCCUCCCAUGAGCAUUCAGGGUGUUCCUCAUCUGGAGCAGUACUGGAAGGAAGUGGCCGACCAGAACCAGAAAGCCCUGGGAGAUGCCCUGGUAGAAAAUAAUCAAUUGCACGUGACACUGACCCAGAAGCAGGAGGAGAUUGCGUCCUUGAAAGAAAGGAAUAUUCAGCUGAAGGAGCUGGCCAGCCGGACUCGACACCUGGCUUCUGUCCUUGAUAAGCUGAUGAUCACCCAGGCCCAGGACUGCAGGGCUGCUCCGGAACCCUUCCUCCUCAAAGCCUCUGCCAAAAGGAGCCUGGAAGAGCUGCUCACUGCCAGCGGCCAGGAUGGCGCUGAAGUGGACGCGAUCCUGCAGGAGAUCUCGGAGCAGUGCGAUGCGGCUCUGCAGAGCCGGGACACCAAGCGGCCCAGGCUCCAGCCGGGGACCCCGGGCACUGCCUGUCCGCCGCCGGCGCCCCUGCACGGGGCCUUCCGCGGGUUGCGGGCCGACUGCAGCCAGGGAUGCCUGAACCUGAGCCAUAGCGAGCUGGAGGACAGCGGCUCCUUCAGCACCCCGAUUCGGGACCACUGCACCAUCCGUACUCUGGCGUUCCCCCAGGGCAACGCCUUUACCAUACGGACCGCCAGCGGGGGCUACAAAUUCCGCUGGGUGCCCAGCUGA